CCCCCACAGCCCCGCGCGCCCCCCACGCUGGCCCAGAGGGCUGCGGCCGCCUCGCCGCUGAGGAUGUCCCGGAAGGGGCCGCGGGCCGAGGUGUGUGCGGACUGCAGCGCCCCGGAUCCUGGUUGGGCCUCCAUCAACCGGGGCGUGCUGAUCUGCGAUGAGUGUUGUAGCGUCCACCGGAGCCUGGGCCGCCACAUCUCCAUUGUCAAACACUUACGACACAGCCCCUGGCCUCCUACCUUGUUGCAGAUGGUACACACCCUUGCCAGCAAUGGGGCCAACUCCAUCUGGGAGCACUCCCUUUUGGAUCCUGCUCAGGUGCAGAGCGGCCGGCGAAAGGCCAACCCUCAGGACAAAGUCCACCCCAUCAAGUCAGAAUUCAUCAGAGCCAAGUACCAGAUGCUGGCAUUUGUUCAUAAGCUACCGUGUCGGGAUGAUGAUGGCGUCACUGCCAAGGACCUCAGCAAACAAUUACACUCCAGUGUGAGGACUGGCAAUCUGGAAACCUGUUUGCGCCUGCUGUCCUUGGGAGCCCAAGCCAACUUCUUCCAUCCUGAGAAGGGCACGACCCCCUUGCACGUGGCAGCCAAGGCUGGGCAGACACUGCAGGCGGAGCUGCUGGUUGUAUAUGGAGCUGACCCAGGUGCUCCCGACAUCAAUGGAAGGACUCCUAUUGACUAUGCCAGGCAGGCUGGGCACCAGGAGCUAGCAGAACGGCUGGUCGAGUGCCAAUACGAGCUGACUGACCGGCUAGCUUUCUACCUGUGUGGACGCAAACCGGAUCACAAGAAUGGGCAUUAUAUCAUCCCGCAGAUGGCUGACAGCCUGGACCUGUCGGAGCUGGCAAAGGCGGCUAAGAAGAAACUGCAGGCACUGAGCAACCGCCUGUUUGAGGAGCUGGCCAUGGACGUCUAUGAUGAGGUCGAUCGCAGAGAGAACGAUGCCGUGUGGCUGGCCACCCAGAACCACAGCACGCUGGUGACGGAGCGCAGCGCGGUCCCUUUCCUCCCGGUCAACCCGGAGUACUCAGCCACUCGGAACCAGGGGAGGCAGAAGCUCGCCCGCUUCAACGCCCGGGAGUUCGCCACCCUGAUCAUCGACAUCCUCAGCGAGGCCAAGCGGAGACAGCAGGGCAAGAGCUUGAGCAGCCCGACAGACAACCUCGACUACUCCCAGCGCAGCCAGAGCGACGUGGACGACCAGCACGACUACGACAGCGUGGCCUCCGACGAGGACACGGACCAGGAGCCCCUGCGCAGUGCGGGGGCCACCCGCAACAACCGGGCCAGGAGCAUGGACUCCUCAGACCUGUCGGAGGGGGCGGUCACUCUGCAGGAGUACCUGGAGCUCAAGAAGGCUCUGGCUACCUCCGAGGCCAAAGUGCAGCAGCUGAUGAAGGUCAACAGCAGCCUGAGUGACGAGCUGCGGAGGCUGCAGAGGGAGAUCCACAAGCUUCAGUCUGAGAACUCCCAGAUCCGGCAGCAGUCAGGCCCCGCCCCGGCAGCCCCUGUGCCCAGUGAGCGGGCAGAGCACGGACACGGGGGUGCCAGCGUGGCCGCCCACCGCCGGGACCGCCAGGCCUUCUCCAUGUACGAGCCGGGCUCUGCCCUCAAGCCCUUUGGGGCCCAGCCUGGUGACGAGCUCGCGUCUCGGCUCCAGCCCUUCCAUGGCAGCGAGCUGGAGGACGACUCUGUGUACUCUGUCCACGUCCCUGCCAGCCUCUACCGGAUCCGCAAGGGGGUCUCUGCCUCAUCUGUGCCGUUCCCGCCUUCCUCCCCGCUGCUGUCCUGCACCCAGGAUGGAGGCCGCCACAUGAGCAAGCUCUCCCGCCAUGGCAGCGGGGCUGACAGUGACUACGAUAACACUCAGAGUGGGGAGCCGCUGCUUGGGCUGGAAGGAAAACGUUUCUUGGAUCUGGGAAAGGAUGAAGACUUUCACCCUGAGUUAGAGAGCCUGGAUGGAGAGCUGGACCCCGGCCUGCCCAGCACGGAGGACGUCAUUCUGAAAACGGAGCAGGUCACCAAGAACAUCCAGGAGCUGCUGCGCGCCGCCCAGGAGUUCAAGCAUGACAGUUUCGUGCCCUGUUCCGAGAAGAUCCACUUGGCGGUGACCGAGAUGGCCUCCCUCUUCCCGAAGAGACCCUCCCUGGAGCCCGUGCGCAGCUCCCUCCGACUUCUCAACGCCAGCGCGUACAGGCUGCAGAGCGAAUGCCGUAAGACGGUGCCCCCCGAGCCCGGGGCCCCCGUGGACUUCCAGCUGCUCACGCAGCAGGUGAUUCAGUGCGCCUACGACAUCGCCAAGGCAGCCAAGCAGCUGGUGACCAUCACCACCCGCGAGAAGAAGCAGUGACCAAGCUCCCCCUCCCAGGCUGCCCUCCCUGCCCUGCCCUGCCCUCCUGGGGGCCUCCCGGGCCAAGGGAGCCGGUCACCUUCCACACUCACUCCUCCCCAUCCCAGUAGCCGCCGGCUCAAGUGCCCUUAGCGCUGCCGUCCUUGCCGAGCAGCCGUGAGCCUUGGUGUCCAACACCCUCUCAGUCCCCUCCCGGGAAGGACGGGGGUGAGGGGGGUGGCGAGGGACUCUUUGCCCACUGGAAGUGAGGUGUGACUCAGGGACAGAGUCCAAGCAAUGGGACCCAGCCCCCUCCCACCUCCCCAUUGUAAAUAAGACCUUUCCCUAGCAGAGAUCCAGGGUGGGGGUGAGAACACUAGGACUGCUCCCUCCGUCCCCCAGCCCCCUCCUUCCCCGCCUCCCCUAGGCUCCUUCAGCAAAGGAUCAGGGGGAAGGGAUACUCCAUGCUGGGGCCCGCUCCCCACACACGCACACCCACCCCCAUGAGCCAGUUUAGUCCCCUCGUGGGCUGAGCGGGGGGCAUCCCCCCACCCUGUACAUAGUACCCGUGGAUGUCCCUUUUCCCGUAGCCACCAGCCCCUCGGCUGCUCUCUAAUGCCAAACGGCCCCUGCCCCUGGUGUGGGCUCCGCUCUGCCCGGGGGCUCCCAGCAGCAAACACUGGAAAUUGUUUUUCUUAAUUUUAACUUUGUGGUAACUGAGUGUCCCUGUGUGCCUGAGUGUGAGUGAGUGGGCGGCAGUGCCGUCCUGCAAGCCUGCUCCCUUUGGGAUUUUUUUUUUUUUUUUGGAUUGGGGUUGGGGGGAAGGAAGGGAAAAAACGAGGACAGAGGGGCGGGCGCGACCACCUUGGAGCCUCCCUCUUCCCUGCCCUGGGCAGAGCCAUGCCAACUUGACGAGUUGUGUUGUACCAGCUACGAUCCCCAGCCCCGUACCCCUUUUCACCCUCCUCCCUCCCAGCUUCCCCUUUUUUCUACAAAGAGGAGCUGUGGCCUUAAAACUCGAAUGCCCUGCCCCACUUCCCUUGGGAGGAGCAUGGGUGCUGGGAAGGAAUUACUCUGCCUUGCCAGAAGGGCAAAGGACCCGAAGCCUGGGGCUGGCUCCCCUAGGGUCCCUAACUCAUCUGCCGGGCCUAAGUUCUUGCCAUCUCCGUCCCUUCCCAAACCCCUAACCACCCCGAGGCCCACUGUGGGGCCAGGGCGAUAGAGGCAUGCCAUGUUAUCUUGGCAGGGGUGGGACUCUCCGGCUCCUCCCCUUCCUCACCCAAACACUCCACCCCCUUUGGGGCUGGGGGCUGGGCCAUGUCUGUGUGGUGGUGGGUGGGCUGACUGUCAGCUGUGUGUCAUGUACAUUUGUAUCAAAAAUAAAUAAGUGACCAUUC